GAAGGGGUAUGGGGGGGGGUACGGCGGCCCGGCAGGUGCCGCCCCAACCGCCGCGUUUCGUAAAAGCCGACAGAAAACCCUCACUGCAACCGCUCGUGACGCCAACCAACUCGGAGAUUAAAAAAUAAAUAAACAAAGCCGCCGCCCCCCCUUAAGUGGCUCAAGGGGAGCUCCCCCCCCCCUCCCCGAACGCCAUGGGCCCGCCCUGCCGGGAGUUGCGGCAGGCCGUGUGCCGCGCCAGGACAAAGCUGCAGACUCUAGAACGAGAGCUACACAACAGGGACGUGGCGCUGGAGGAGGAGGAGGAGCUGACAGGCGCUCUGCAGAGUCAGAACGCACAGCUCAAGAGCACCCUGCUCGACCUCUACAGAGGGAACGCGCAGGUGAAUCAGGAGCUGCGGGAGAGGCUGAGCCCUUGCUCCAAGCCGUCACCGCGCAAGGCCGAGCGGGAGAUCGCGUCGCACCGGCAGUUCGCCCGCGAGCUCGCCGCGCUCGCUCUGCCGACGAUCGCGGCCUCGCGCAUGGAUCCGGAGACCACGGAUAUAGGGAAGUCAUUUGGCGAUGAGGAGGGGAGCGUCGGCGCAGCGAGUGGUGGAGCAUCGGACCCACUGGAUAAACGGCCCAACUCUAGUUCUUCAUCAUUGGAGGAGGACGAGGAAAACGAGGAUGUGGAGGAGGAGGAAGAUCGCAGUAUUUCUUCACCGAGUUCUGGCACCAACGAAUCCCGGCUACUCUCACCGGGGCCGUCCUCUGUCCCUCCUCGGCCGCUCCCGAGAACCUCUCUGCAGGCGAAACGGUCUCCCACCACCCCGGACUCGAUUCCCCGGCCGCCUGCCAGCACGACGACGACUCCUUCGGCGGCUUCAUCGAGUGCCCGCGACGACCCCGAGGCCCCGUCCGGCGGAGAGAGCCGCCGCAACGGUUUCCCGUCGUGCCACAACGGGCAGGCGGGCUCGGUGGCGACCGUCGGUCAUGCCGCGCCAGGCAAGCUUUCCCUGCGGAAUUUGCGCAGCCUGCCCUCCGCGGGAGUGCCGGUGGGCGACGCAGCGUCCGCCAUGUCUGCCGUCAUCGCCGCGCGAUCGUCCAUCUUCAGCGGGAGCCACGCUGGUCCCCUCGCCGAGCCGGGAGGACACCACAAGCACGUCCCACUCCUGCUGGCCGAGCUGGAGGCCGCGUGGGAACUCAACAAGCAGCUCCAAGAGCGUUUGGGUCGCGCCGAGCGAGAGCUGCAGACGAUGGCCGUGGACGCGGAGCUGCGCGAGGAGGCCGAGGAGGCGCGCAUCGCCGAGAGGGCGGCCGUGCUGGUGCAGGAGGUGUACGUGGCACAGAGGGAGCGAGACGCCGCGGUGCUGGCACGAAUGCGCUUGGCUCAGCAAGAGCGCGACGAUGCGCUCCUCCGUGCGCGGCAGAUGGAAGAGGAGCGCCUCCGGUCUGAACCCCAGGAGCUCACGGACUCGGAUGUGGCGCUGGAGGAGCUGCUGGCGCGGAUCGGCAGCGCAGACUCGGGUCCGGCCAUCGAGCAGGACGGCGCCAUCAUCGUGCGGCGCAUCGCCCGGGCACGCGAGCGCUCGCGGCGAAUAACCGCUGAGGAGAUGCGCGCCGUGCUUGCAGAGAGGGACGGCGCCCUCGCACGGUGUGCAAAGCUGGAGGAGGAGCUGGGGAGGUUGAAGGAACAGAACGUGUCGCUGGCCAACAACAAGCGCAACUCCGCCGGCGAGGGCCUCCCGGACCGAGCCAUAAAGGCUCAGCUCGUGGCCACGCAGCAGGAGAGGGACAUUGCGUUGUCACGCUGUGACAAGCUGGAAGAGGAGAUCCAGACGCUGCGCGUUUACUACAGCCUCCACAAGUCUCUGUCCCAAGAGACGGGCAGCCUUGGCGAGCGACGCGGCGGCAACAACGGCAACCACGGCGGCAACCACGACGGCAACCACGUCAACUCCGACAGCGGCGGCAGCGCAGGGUCGCGCUCGCCGGACGGGGCCAAGGGUCCCGCGGCAGGGUCGGCGCACGGGGGGGUCGAGCGGGGUCAUGGACACCCCCCGGACGGGCGGUUGCAGGAGGCGGAAUCGGAGCGCGACGCCCUGCGGGCCCGGCUGCUGCACGCCGAGCGCGACCGCGCCGUCGCCGACGACAAGGCGGAGAGGUUGGAGAGAUUGGUUGGAGUUCUGCGCAAAAAGCUGGCUCAUCAAACGUGAUAUGACAGUGAUGUCAUCUGCACCAGCGUCAACAUCAUUAGCGGUGGCAUCGUUGCUGUCAUCGGUAGGACCAUGAGCAUCAUCCAUCAUCAGCAGGAGUAUUAGCGCGCCAAUGUAAUUGGCAGUAGUGGCAGUGUCACCGGCAUUGGCAGUUGUUGGUAACCGGCAUUAUUAUUGCCAGCAGUACCAUUGGUUUCAUAAUCAGCGGUGUCUUAAUCAUCAGUAGCAGUAGCAUCGCGUUGAGCAAUAUCGUCAUCGACACCAAUAGCAUCAUUAUCAUAAGCAGCAGUAUUUGCAUUAUCAUUGCGAUCAUCUGCAAUAAAAGCAGCCUCAGGAAGCAGCAUCUUCAUCAUUAGAAUCGUCACCCCACCAUCAUCAGCAGCAGUAUUAUAGAAUAACCGUCAGCAUAGUCAGAAUCAUCAAGAGCAGUGCCAUCAUAAUUAUCAACAGCAGCACAGUAUUAGCAGCAUCUUCAUCAGCAGCAGCAGCAGCAUUAUCAGGAGCUGUGUCAACAACAUCGUGAGGAGCGGGUCCAUAAUCUUAGCUCUGAUCAUCUCUCAUCCUCCACCCUACAGCGUGUGACAUCAUGGAGGUGGUUUACCUGUGUCUGUUGCUGCUGAGGUUUGCACACAACUUAGUGCAGAGCUGUAACCCGAUUAAGUAAUCGAUUACUCUCCCGGUUAUCGUUUCGAUUAACUAGGCUAAUCGGAUAGCGCUUGUAAAAUGAAAAGGAUUCACCUCUGUUCCAACAUGUGCCGAAGGACGGGUGGUGAGGGGCACGGCUUGGGCACGGAAUCGGCAUCGGCACGCCGGGCGUGGCUCAUGGUUGGAGUGAGGUGGGAGGGUUGGGAAGGUUUCCCGUCUUGAGGAGACAGGAUGUGUUUGGGAGAUGGUGGGGAGGGACCGUUUUUUUUUAAUUAUAGUAGCCAGAGUAAUCGACCACAGGAAAAAAAAGUAGUUGAUUGCUAUUUUUUUUUAAUUGAUUCAUCAUCCCAGCUCUAAACCAGUGUUGGCAGCUUUAAGGGCCUAGCAGUAGAUUUUCCUGUCCGCCAUACGUUUUUAAACGCUGCAAACAAAGAAAUUCAUGCACAGUGUCGCCGCGGUUGUGGGUUAGCUGUGUGCGUAUGUGUGUGUGUGGAGGUGUAACGAGGAAUCGAUGCACGCGUCAAAACUAUCGUGCAGCAGUAAAGAAUUCGGUGUUUUUCUAUCCGUUGCGCGUCGCGUGCACGUAACGGAUUUAACGUCGCCCCCACGCAGCCACUGGAGGCGGCUAAGUUCGCAAGAAUGUAAAAGAACGUUUCUCGAAUCGAUCCGCAACGCCGAACAGGGAAAGGUUCCGUGGCUAAUUGUCGUUCCGAUGUUUGUGCGGCGAGAGAGGGCUUGCCUUCGAGUUAAAGGAUCGAUGAUAUUGAAUCGGCCGCAUUCGAGUGUUCUUACAAAAGCGUGCGAUCCAAAUGUUUUAUUUGGAGAUAUUUUUGUACACUUUACAAGAAGAGUAAAGUCAAACAGUAUUUUAUUGUAAACGCUUGGGAUAUUAAAAAAAAAGUGUUUAAUUACGAAUUAAAAAAUAAUUGGCGGAUUAAGAUCUCUCCACACCCCGUCGGUGUCAUGCGAUUGGUUUGACCAUACUUCACCAAGCUGGUCAGUGUCGGUUGGUGCAGGAAAGUUGUGGGGGGAGGUGGGGGGGGGUGGCGAGGACCAGGACAGGUUCAGAUUUGACUCGCCACUGAUGAUAGCCGUGGUCGGGAAUCAAACUUCGGGUUUUCAUCGGAUCCAGAGCGCAGUGCACUAACCACUGUGCCACCACUCCGCAACCAAAACAUGUAUGUCUGUUGAACUUCUUUCGCACCAUACAUAGCCAACCGUGCUAAUCGGAGGUGCCGGAAACACGUAUUUGAGCACCACCAAUUGUAUGUUCCACAUUAGUUUGUGAUUCAUGUGUUUUAAAAAAAAUACUUUAUGUACACAAUGUUUAUUUAAACAGCUUUUUUUUUUAUCAAAGUCCAGCGAGGGCAGACAAUGAUCGCGACUGAUGAUGAAAACCGUUCUGAAAGUAUUCAUUUUAUGAUUUAGAAAUUAAAUUUUUCGUCGCAUGGGGUGCACGCGCCCGUCUUAAUUGUGACGUGCGUAUCGAUGUCUUCAGUCACAUGGUGAGUGUGCGUCAUAAAAUCAGUCGGUAGACUACAGUAUUUAUUUUGUCGUGAUUUGUUAACCUGCAAUAAACUAUUGCCGAGUUUCCAA